AUGAACAAAACGCAGACAGAAGUGGAGGAAACCUUAAAGAGGAUUCAGAGCCAUAAAGGGGUUAUUGGAACUAUGGUUGUCAAUGCAGAAGGUAUCCCAAUCCGAACCACCUUGGACAACUCAACAACAGUUCAGUACGCAGGGCUGCUUCAUCAGCUGACCAUGAAGGCCAAGAGCACAGUCCGUGACAUUGACCCUCAGAACGACCUAACUUUUCUUAGAAUCAGAUCAAAGAAACACGAAAUCAUGGUUGCUCCAGAUAAGGAGUAUCUUCUGAUUGUCAUUCAGAAUCCCUGUGAGUAG